UGAAAGGUCACGCAGCACGUGGUGAACAACAUGGCGGCGCCCUGUUUGUUUCACUGAGAGCUGCAGCUGCAUGUAACUGAGAGGAGCAGAGUGAUGGCUGAUGUUAGUGACAGCCCACCGGCUGAUACGGCCCCCUCAAAGGAGGAGACACCUGACGCCCUCCCCCAGGACUCCAGCACCGAUGGUGUAAAGUCUGACGUCAAAGCUGGAGAAGAUGAGAGCGAGGCGGCUUCUGACCAGAAUGUGUACCGCUACAUCAAAGAGGACCUCUUCACAUCCGAGAUCUACAAAGUGGAGAUCAGGAAUCUGCCCAAGUUCAUCGGCUUCAACGACCUGAAGAAGUUCCUGGCCAAGCACGGCCUCAACCCGCACAAGAUCAAGCUGUUUGGCAAGCACCUGUUUGCCUUCGUCACCUUUAAGAACGAGGAGGAGCGCGACAAGGCCAUGAAGAUGGUGCACGGCAUGCAGUGGAAGGGCCAGGUCCUGAGCGUCAGGCUGGCCAAACCCAAAGCUGACCCCAUCCAGAGGAAGAGGAGGCAGGAGGAGGAGGGAGAGGGCGCGGGAGGGCAGCCCCCGUCCAAGCGGGCAGAGGGCGACCAGGAAGAGGAGCCGCUCAGCGUCCAGAUCGCCAACGUGGUGACUCCUCUGUGGAAUGUGCCAUAUGAGGAGCAGCUGAAGAGGAAGGAGCAGGAGGUGGUGGGGGUUCUGCAGAGGCUGGCAAAAGAGAUUGGAAGCACCAACAAAGCCAUGCUGCCGUGGCUGUUUGCACAGAAAGGGAAAUACAACAAAAUGUGUUGUCCCCUGGAAGCUAUUCAACCAUCUCCUACACAGACCGACUACAGAAACAAGUGUGAGUUCCUCAUCUCAGUCGGGGCAGACGGUGAAGACAAGACCAUCGGUUUCCGGUUGGGGAAAUACAAAGGAGGCUCGUGUGCUGUGGUGGGGCCGGCAGAGACGUGUCAUGUCUCUGCCGAGGCCAAGAGAGUGGUCUGCGAGUUUCAAAAGUUUAUCAGGACAACUCCGUACUCUGUGUACAGUCCUGAGACGUAUGAAGGACACUGGAAGCAGCUGACUGUACGAACGACAAGGACCAAACAAGCCAUGGCUGUAGUGUUCUUCAACCCACAGAAAAUUGAAGAAGAGGAGCUCAACGCUCUGAAGAGCUCCAUGAAGGAGCACUUCACAGAGGGAGAGGGGAAAGCCAGCGGCGUGACCUCUCUUUACUUUGUUAGAGAGGGUCAAAGGAAGUCCCCUAACCCGGAGGACUUGCCCUGUGAGCUGGUAGCUGGAGAGAGCUGCAUCCACGAAGAGCUGCUGGGUCUAAGAUUCAGAAUAUCCCCUCACUCCUUCUUCCAGGUGAACACUGGAGCUGCAGAGGUGCUGUACUCGGCCGUGGGGGAGUGGGCCCAGCUGGACCAGGACAGCACCGUCCUGGACGUGUGCUGUGGCACAGGAACCAUUGGCAUUUCUCUGGCGAAGAGGGUAAAGAGGGUGAUUGGGAUCGAGCUGUGCCAGGAAGCAGUGGAGGAUGCUAAAGUUAAUGCCAAGCUCAAUGGACUAAGUAAUGUUGAAUUUCACUGUGGUAAAGCUGAGGACGUGUUCCCCAACAUUCUCAACGCUCUCGUCUCACCCAGUGUCACGGCCAUCGUGGAUCCACCGAGGGCGGGGCUACAUUCCAAGGUGAUACUUGCCAUCCGUAGAGCUCAGCACCUGAAGAGGCUGAUUUACGUCGCAUGUAAUGCAAAGGCAGCCAUGGCUAACUUCAUCGAUCUGUGCAGAGCACCGUCCAACAGAGUUCAUGGAGCUCCGUUCCGUCCGGUGCGAGCCUUGGCCGUGGACCUGUUCCCUCAGACCAUGCACGUGGAGAUGAUUCUGCUGCUGGAGAGAGUGGACUACGAAUCCCAGAAGCAGCAGCAGCAGAGCAGCAGCGAACAGGAACAGACUGCUUCUUAGUCUAACAAACAGACCCUGUGCAGUUAAGGUAGCACAGGCUGUCCUUCAAAAUUGAUGCUAACAUCAUUUUGUUUAAAUGUCUGUAUGGUCUUAUUCUUUAAGAGUCAAUGUAUCCAUCAUUUAACACUCACCAGUGUCUCGUACAGUAAAGUCUACUUAUGUUACAACAAGGAAUUGUUUAGAGCUUCAAAUAAACACUUAAGUUUUCUUACAGUAUGUAUUGUACUGUAUUUGCUUUCAUGAGCGUCAUGAGUCUCUUUGCCUGCAUUUCAGUUUAAGAACUUAUUUUUAUUGUUGGAUGUCUUAAUAUGAAUGAGUUUUAGGGCCAAUUAAGAGAGAAGUCAUGAUUCCAGGCAAUAUUGAAGAGGGGAAAUAUCAGAUCAGUCACCUGCAUUCAAAUGAGUAUUGUGGAGCAUCUUGUUUAGUUAUUCUUUAAGUUUCACAAAUAAUGAAGCACUUUUAUCACAUCUGCACAUUAUCAUUAGUAUCAGGACUUUGACAAGAUUGAAAAAGAAACUGUCUAUUAUGUGGAAAGAACCACAAACUUAAAGUACAGUGUUUCUGUUGGAGGAGUAAAUGUUUGGUAAUGAUCGACUGAGGUUAUCAUUGGCUACAUCUGUGUUAUAUUCAAAGGGGUUUCACAGAGCAUGGGGUUUUCUUGCUGCUUAUUCCUACAUUUUCCCCCUUUAUUUUCAUAAUAGGAUUCAUUAAAUUACUUGUAAAAUGUAAACCUAAUCCUUGAAUUUUAAGACCAUUGUAAAUGUCCUGUUUUCUCAUCAUUUAGUGACUGAAUAAAAAGCCUCUUUAGUCAUUAGUCAAGAUAUUUUAUUUUUGCAUAACAAAUAUCACUGAAGUCAUGGAGCUCAGAUUGCAAUACAUACUUCAUUCUUCUAGGCAACAUCUCAAACAAUUCAUUGGUACAACUCAACGGCAACACAUAUAAAAGCAUUAUUUUUUUCCUGUCUUCUCACACUGACAUACACAUGGCAAGACUACACACGCACAGAGGAGAAAGCACAUUCUUAAAGCAAACUACAAUAUCACAACAGCCUGGUUUUUAAACUGAUGUGUCCUCGUUGGGGGAAAAAAAGCACAGACCCAAUAUUGGACAGAAUAAACAGCAGUUUCUAUUUUGAUCCAGCAACUUAUGUAUUUGUGUAUUAUCCUGUGUUAUAAAUGAUUCUGAUGUAGUUUGCAGCAACAUGAACUCUAUAAAAUGCAUAAGACAGCAUGUAAGCUUUGGUAUACACAGUUCUCAUCAGCUCCUGUUGGACUCAACGACUUGAUCGCAUUUUGUUCAUGUCAAUGUGCCGACUACAUUUUACGAGGCUGUCUUUUGGGGGGGGGGUCUUAUUUUUCUCAUGGUUAGAAAAGCAUGAUCUGUUGUCAUGACAAUAGCAGACGUAUACAAA